AUGAGCGUGUACCACAACCCGGCGGAGUCCUCAAAGCCUUACAAGGACCCCACUCCUCUCCCGGACGAUGUCCCCAAGGUGGAGGAGCUAGGAACCACCAGUGCACCACUGAAGAGUGCCGCGUUCUUCAUGGGAGCGUACUGCAAGGACUACAAUGAGGAUUUCAUGCUCUGCAAGGCGGAGAGCCGUGACCCGGAACACUGUUUGAAGGAAGGCAGGAGAGUGACAAGAUGUGCGGCCGACCUAAUCGCCAAGAUGCGCGACCACUGCGCCCAGGAGUUCGAACAGCACUGGAAUUGCCUGGAACGCAACAACCAGGAGUACUAUUCUUGCCGCAAACCCGAGCGAACGCUGAACAAUUGCAUGUUCGAAAGCUUGGGCUUGACCAAGACUAUUCCUGGUGUCCCUGAAGGCGCAACUCCGGUCCAUGAGCUCAAAAAUCCUGUCUAUACUCGUGUGCAGAAGUAG